AUGGCAAUAAUAGAAACUAAUAAUGUAACCAAUAUAAUAUCUUCAUCUUCAUCUUUAUCAUCACCACCAAUAAUAAUAUCAUUAAAAAAAUCAAUCAUUGGAAACGAUAAUCAUAAUUAUUAUUUAAAAGAAAAGAAAAAGAAUCAACUGUUAUCAUUUCAAAAAGCUAUUCCGUUAAACCAAUCAUUUCAAAAUGCAAUAAAAAUAGAAUCAUUAAAGAUUGAAAUGGAUGAUAAAAAGAAAACAAUUACAAAACUUGGAUUACUUAAAACAUUUGUUUUAUUUUCAAGUGCUACUGCAGUUGGUACUAUAUUUUAUUAUAAAUUAAAAGAUUCUCAAACUCAUAUGGAAUAUUUAAAAAGAAUACCUUUUAGAUUUACUUCAACGAUUUGGGGAAAAUGUUCAAAUAUUAUAUUACCAAUAUCAAUGAGAGAAUCUGUUUAUAAAACCUAUUCAACAAUGUUUGGAGUAAAUUUAAAAGAGGUUGAAAAACCAUUGGUAGAAUAUCAAUCAAUGGCUGACUUUUUUUCUAGAAGAUUGUGUCCUGGUUGUAGAGACAUUGAUAUGAAAGCACCACUGGUUAGUCCAGUCGAUGGGAAAAUCAUUUAUUUUGGAAAAGUAAACAAAGAUUCUUUGGAACAAGUAAAAGGUUUAUCCUAUUCAUUGGAACAAUUUCUAGGUGAAUCUCAAUCAAAACAAUUGGCAGGAAAGAAUCUUUAUCAUAUUGGAAUUUAUUUGUCACCAGGGGACUAUCAUGGUGUCCACAAUCCAACAGAUUGGAUAGUUGAAAAUAGUUAUCAUUUUCCUGGUUAUUUGUUUCCUGUUGGUAAAAUGGCUACUCGUAUUAUUCCUGGGUUGUUUGCUCUCAAUGAACGUGUGGUUGUCACAGGUCAAUGGAAAUAUGGGUUCUUUUCAAUGACACCUGUCGGUGCUUCAAAUGUUGGAUCAAUAGUAUUGGAUUUUGACAAGGACCUUUCAACAAACAAUCCUCACCAACAACAAGAAUUGGAUAAAAAAGAGUUUUAUCAAAAGAGUUAUCAGAAUCUAUUCAACCAAAAAGGUUCAGAGUUUGCAUUCUUUAGAAUGGGAUCAACUGUUAUUAUUAUUUUCGAAUUACCAGACAAUACAACCUUUUCUUUUGACCACUUGAAACCAAACAAAUCAAUCAAGGUUGGUGAAAAAAUUGGUUCAAUUUUAAAUAAAUAA